AUGAACCCUGAAGAUGAAGAAAAAAUGGCUUUCAUUACAGAAAAUGGGACUUAUUGUUACAGGGUCAUGCCCUUCUGGCUGAAGAACGCUGGGGCUACUUAUCAACGUCUUGUCAAUAAGAUAUUUGAUAAUCUAUUGGGAAAGACAGUUGAAGCAUAUAUAGAUGACAUGGUGGUCAAAAGUGUGAAGAAGGAAGACCAUCCGAAGCAUCUCCAGGAAGUUUUCAAUACCUUGAAGAAGUACAACAUAAAGCUGAAUCUAUCCAAGUGCUCCUUUGCGGUAUCAUCAGGUCAAUUCCUCGGCUACAUAGUGAAUAAAAGAGGGAUAGAGGGAGGUACAAGUUCUUACCGGUCGGCAGCCCUCAGCCGGUUUAUAUCCCGAUUGUCAGAUAAGUGCAAACCAUUCUUCGAUGCUAUAAGAUCUAAGAAUAAGGAUAUAUGGGGACCUCAGCAGCAGGAGGCCCUUAAUCAGUUGAAAGGUUACAUGGCCAAACCACCAAUUCUAUCCGCUCCAAAACCCGAGGAGGUUCUUAUUAUGUAUUUGGCGAUUUCUAGUAUAGUGACAAGUGCAGCAUUGAUUAGAAAGGAAGGAAAGAGGCAAUAUUCAAUCUUCUACACAAGUAAGACAAAGACAGAUGCGGAGACACGAUAUAGCAAAGUAGAGAAAAUCAUCUUAGCCUUGGUCUAUGCCAAAAGGAAGCUUCGGCAUUAUUUUGAAUCUCACAGCAUUGUGGUACUCACCAAUUAUCCUAUACGGGGUAUACUCUCUAAGCCCGAUCUAUCUGGAAGAAUUACCAAAUGGGCUAUCGAGCUUAGUUCCUUCGACAUAACUUAUGAGCCAAAGGUGUCGCACAAUGGACAAACCGUGGCAGACUUUCUUCUCGAAUAUGAAGACACUCCCGAAGAGUUGGAACCCCCUGAACCACAGUGGGAGAUUCAGGUCGAUGGUUCCUCGAAUCAAACAAGUGUAGGGGCAGGGAUUGUUAUGUCAACACCCGAAGGCACCAAGUUGCAACAGUCUAUUUGUUUGAAAUUCCCUACUACGAACAAUGAGGCCGAAUAUAAGGCGUUACUUGCUGGUCUUCGAUUGGCCAGCAGCCUUCAGGUACGUUGUUUAAAGGUUUUUAGUGACUCACAGCUUGUUAUAAAUCAAGUGACAGUGCCUCGUGUUGAGAACGCUGAAGCAGAUCAAUUGGCCACAGCAGCGUCAUCCUCAAUUGAAGAUCUGACUCAGAUUGUGCUGAUUGACAUUUUGGACGAACCCAGCAUUAACUCUCAGCAAGAAGUAAUGGUGAUUCCAGUUAUUCCUAGAGAACCAUGCUGGAUUGAUCCAUUGGAAGCCUACCUCAAGCAUGGAAUUCUUCUAAACCAGAAGCCUGAAGCACGGAAGCUCCGACUCACCGCAGCUAAAUAUUCCAUCAUUAACAACCAAUUGUACCGGAAGUCAUUUUCAGGUCUUUACCUGAAAUGUUUAAGCCCUACUGAGGCUCUUGUGGUGUUGAAACAAAUCCAUGAUGGAGAUUGCGGCAACCAUUCUGGGGGUAAAUCCCUUACACAUAAAGUUCUAACUCAAGGCUACUUCUGGCCGUACUUGGCCCGGAAUGCAGAAGAGUAUACUCGGAGAUGUGACAAAUGUCAACGCCACGGUCCGAUGAAGCAUCGACCUACCGAAGAUUUGCAUGUAAUGGCAAAUCCAUGGCCAUUCGCACAAUGGGGAAUUGAUAUGGUGGGCCCUUUACCUAAAGCCGUGGAGCAAAAAGAGUACGUGCUACUGGCUACAGAUUACUUUACUAAAUGGGUAGAAGCCAAGGCUUACUCAAGUAUGACCCAUGAGCAGGUAAAAAGUUUCCUUUGGAAUAACAUCAUUUGCCGGUUUGGGGUUCCAAAAGUCAUCAUGAAAGACAAUGAUAAGAACCUCGACAAUAAAAGUACAAGAAAAUUCUUCGCUGAGCAUGGAAUUGUGCAAAAGCUAGCUGCAGUCAGUGCUUUGGGCGUACCGAACCACUCCACGACGGCCCACGGGGGAAGUCCCUUUGCCAUGGCUUAUGGAUCCGAAGCUGUGAUCCCAACUGAAGCGGUAGGUCUAACCCUUCGGACAUUCUUGUUGCUUGAGGGAAACAAUAGUCAGCAGCUCGAGCAUAGUCUCGAUCUCCUGGACGAAAAAAGGGAUGCUGCGGCAAUUAGGCUUGCUUCAUAUCAGCAACAGCUGCGCAACAGUUAUAACAAACGCGUCAGAUUCAGGAGCUUUUUGGUAGGCGAUUAG